CAUAGUAACAUGAAUGCUUCUCUCACCAAUUUCUCUCUCUUCCUACAAUUUAGUGACUUCUUCCUCCUCACAGUAACUCUUUCUCACAUCUCACUCAUUGCCUCUCUCUCACUCUCACACUCUCUUUUAAACGUGAAAACUAGACUGCUUCUCUCACUAUUUCUCUCUCUUUUUAACACUUACCAACUACUUUUCUCUCUCACUAUUCCCUCUCACUCUCUUCCUCAAACCUCACACUCUCUUCUCUCUCACACAACAUGUUCGCUUCUCUUUCAACCGUAAAAACUUUAAAUUGUUGCUGUUAAAACUUGUUUCAGCUGAUAGUCUGACAGUUUGAUUUGGCAGAAGCACCGGUUCGGAACCGAAUCGCUGUUUUAGCUUUUGCUAAAUUCUGCGUUUUCGAGAAAUAUUUUCAUCAAUUUUGAGAUUAUGAGGUUGGUGAACUGACUGGACAAAAGAUUCUUGAUUGGCUCACUGUCCUGAUCAAAAUUGAUAUCGUGGAAUGGAUCUGUCACACUUUCUAGCAGUAACAGCUGUGCUGUUGGCGUGUUGUCAGUCAGGAUACAGCGCAAACAUUUUCGCAAUCUUCCCGACUCCAUCAGUGAGCCACCAAUACUCAUGCCUUGGUUUUCUGGAGGGAUUAGUAGCCAAAGGACAUAAUGUUACAGUUAUCACAACUAACCCAAAAUUGAUUGAUAAAAAACCACCGAACUAUCACGUGAUAGAUGGCAGCAUCAACUACCAAGUUUGGGAAAAUUACAUGAGAGAUUACCAAAUCGACAUCCAGAAGGAACGCAGCCCUUUCGAGAUAAUGGCUCACUUUGAGUAUGUCUUUGCUGAGUUCAUUGACACGUUCUUCUCGUUGGAUGAGGUGCAGAAGAUAAUCAAAUCUCCCGACACGAAAUUCGACCUAAUAAUCUACGAAGCGUUCUACCCCGCGGCAGCCAGCGCUUCAAAGCACUUCGGCAAUAUCCCCACAGUAGUGAUGUCGACUAUCCCCAACUACCUCCAAGUCGAGAGCACCAUGGGCAACCCCAUCCUCCUCUCCUACAUGCCCUCCUUCAUAGUCAACGCCAGUGAUCACAUGACCUUGACCGAACGAAUCACAAACAUCGCCUACUACUACUUCACUGUUUACAUCCAGCACGUCUACAAUUACCCGCUACAAGACGCUGUGGCGAGGAAGUAUUUCGGUGAUGAUUUGAAGUAUGUCUCUGAGUAUGAGAGGAAUAAUAGUUUGUACCUGUUGAGUGGGGAUUUGUCUCAGAGUUAUCCGGUGCCCAGACAUCCCAAUACGAUUGAAGUUGGGGUUUGCCAUAUCAAGCCGAGAAAACCUCUACCAGAAGAUCUCAAACAGUGGAUGGACGGUGCUAAAGACGGAGUGAUAUACUUUAGUUUAGGGAGCAACAUGAAGGGUACAUCUCUCAGAGAAGAUUUGAGGGAAAUUUUCAUCGAAGUUUUCGCAAAAUUUCCCAAUUAUCGAAUUAUCUGGAAAUGGGAAGACGACACACCCUUUCCUCGGAAACCGAAAAACGUUCUACUCAGGAAAUGGAAUCCUCAACAGGAUAUUCUAGCACAUCCAAAAACAAAACUGUUCAUCAGUCAGACAGGACAUCAGAGCAGACAGGAAGCGACCUUCUAUGGAGUUCCCAUGCUGUGCAUUCCGCUAUUCUGGGACCAAGACUACAACGCAAAGAAGUUGGUGAUUGAGGGAGCAGGACUAUCAAUACCUAUCAAAGAGCUCAAACCGGACAUUUUAUUCGAAAAGUUGCAGAGGAUGCUCACCGAUAACAGUUUCAAGAAGAACAUGCUGAGGCUAUCAUCUCUCACAAAGGACCACGUGAUGAAUUGUCCUGAUAAGGUGGCCUGGUGGAUUGAGUACGUUCUAAGGCACAACGGAGCUAGACAUCUCAGGCCAGCCUCUCUCGAUCUCACUUGGUAUCAGCUCUACAACCUGGAUAUCGCAGCUAUCACCUUCUCUGUCUUAACAAUCAUUCUAUUCAUAUUUUACAGCAUCCUAAAAUGCCUCGGAAGACUCUGCUGUUCAAGUAGGAAGGAUAAGAAAAUAAAAAAGAGAUGAAGAAACUAAUUCCAACAAAA